GAUAACUACUCUGUUUUUGUUUGUUUUGGUGCAUAAAGUGGUAACCAAGUGAAGCUUUUUAAGAAUGUAGUGUAAAAAAAUGAAGAAACAUCCUCGCAAUGCAAAUCACUUUAUUGAACCCAAUAAAGACUUUAAGCCAAUAAAGACUUGGAUCUUACGAAAAAUAAAAGUUUUAGCUAAUUGUAAUUGGUUAUAAAUUUUCAACUAUCCUCUGCAGAAAAUGGUCGUUUAUAAAGAUUGGCUGGAAGAAGCGAGGGACAGACAGUGGCCUGAAAAUGAGAAAAGGGAACUCGAAAAGAGAAACAUAAAAAUAUGGGAGAAGACCGAGUGGCGUGCAGAAGCGGUAGACCUGACGAAGGAAGAAUGGAACAUAUUCCCCAUGGAAUAUGUGACCAUAACACACACACGCAGUAGAGGCUGUCACAGCCAUCUGGAAUGCUUCCAACUGAUGCAAGAGUUGCAGAGGAAAGAUAUAGUGCAGAACAAACUGCUGGACAUCAAACACAACUACUACAUAGGAAGCAAUUUAGAAAUUUAUGAAGGAAGAGGUUGGCUAAUAAACUCCUCAAGAGACCCCGAGUUUGCAUAUAUGGACAAGAACAGUAUUGAUAUAGCCUACAUAGGAGACUUUUCAGAAACACCACCGCCAGAGAAGUUCUAUAAAGUCGCUGAAAAAGUUAUGAGGUUCGUCGUAGGACAUAGUGUAGUGAAGGAUGAGUUUAAGCUAAUUCCAUUUGGACAGAAGGAACCAGUACCGGGACCAGACGUUUGCGCCGAUAUCCGCGAAAGAUACAAUAAAUAUCGCGACGAUAUCGCACCUAGAGGCGAACUCAAAGUGGAAGAUAAUAUUUUAAACCUAUGGUGAUAUAAUAAAAUUUGCUCCCUCUAUGAUUGUUAUUCUGUUU